AUGAGCCAAUUUUCGCAUAAUAGCAAAGAAGAGCUGAGAUCAGGUGAUGAUGAUGGUCAUGACAAUAAGACCUUGGUAGACGGUGACGGUGGUAGUGAGUUGAUCCCCACUUCAAGACCCUCGCAGAUUGUGUAUGUUCCGGGCGAGAGUCAUUUGAGCAGCGACGGUACGACUUUGGUUAAUGGUCUUGAAGGUGGAGAAGGCAGUAGUAGUAGUCGAAAUGAUGUUAAACAACAAUUAUCAUUGAAACAAAGAGAGAACCUUAAUGCUUCGUUACAACAACUUCGAUACAACGAGAACAAAAUUGCUUUGGAUAGGUGCAUUAACCACACAAUCGAGCUCAUCGAUGAGCUAAUGUCGGAAAAUAAGCAAAGACCCGUGUUUUACCCCACGGAGAUUGAAGAUGAUCAGAAUAUAUUGCUAAAUAGUGCAAAGGCCCAUUUGGCGUUGGUUAGACAAAACACAAGCCUCAAGCAACUAACAAAGCAAAAAAUCGCAAAAGAAGACGUUGCAAUGCAAAAGGACCUUCCCGAGUUUAAGAUUUUGAAAAUCAAUUUGAAAGGAGGUCACGGAGAUGAUAAUUUGGUUAAAAACUUGGAUAAGAAAUCAAUUGCUAGCUUACUAGAAAAGAAAUUGAACCUGCAAAUAAAACACCUUUAUCAUUUGAAGGACCGUGUUGAUGACACUACAUCGAAAGUCUUUGUCACUGGUGAUUUAAAUGCCGGGAAAUCGACAUUUUGUAAUGCGUUAUUGAGACGUAAAAUUUUGCCUGAGGAUCAACAACCAUGCACAUCGGUAUUUUGCGAAGUUGUGGAUGCAAAAACGGGGAACAAUGGUAUGGAAGAAGUCCACGCAAUACCCAUUGAAAAGGAGUACAAUAUCAAAGACGAGUCAACUUAUGAAAUACAUCCACUUAAGGAUUUAGAGGAGCUUGUUUAUGACUGUGAUAGGUUCAAGUUGUUGAAAGUGUAUGUCUUGGACCACCGGUCUUUCCAAGAGAGUUUACUUCAUAAUGGUGUCAUCGACAUAAAGUUGAUUGAUGCACCAGGUUUGAACAUGGACUCAUUUCAAACGACACAAGUGUUUUCUCGACAGGAAGAGAUUGAUUUGGUUGUGUUUGUUGUUAGUGCUGAAAACCAUUUUACAUUAUCGGCAAAGGAGUUUAUUGCUGCUGCUGCUAAUGAAAAAAGGUAUGUAUUUAUUGUUGUUAACAAGUUUGACUAUAUCAAGGAUAAGGAAAAGUGUCAAAGAAGAAUAUUGGAUCAAAUUAAAAACUUGUCGCCUGAUACUUAUAAGAACGCUAAGGAGUUUAUCCAUUUUGUGAGCUCCAGCGAAGUGUAUGGUGGUGAUGGCGGUGAUGGCGGUGAUGGUGAUAAUGGUGAUGGUGAUGGUGAUGGUGGAGGGGACAGCGAUGACAACGGCAAUAUUGGCCACCCAGACUUUGAUUUACUCGAAGCUUCCUUGAGGAAGUUUAUUUUAGAGAAAAGAUCGAUAUCCAAACUUCUUCCUGCCAAAAGCUAUCUUUUGAAUUUCCUACAAGAUUUGCAAACAUUAUCAACAAUCAAUGAGAAAAUCUAUAACGAUGAAAAACGUGAAAAACUUCAGGAGUUGAACUACCAGGUAGCUCCAAAGGUGAAUGAAAUUGUUUACAAGUCUCACAAGAUAGCCGACACUAUAAAUGCACUUAUUGAAGCUACAUGUACUAAAGUAUAUAAUGACACAAACAGGGAAAUUAACAUGGUGGUUGAUAAUCUCGGUGACAAGCCUGUUGUUCAAUACGGGGGAUUACAAUAUUUGUUUGAGUAUGCCAAAGAGUCACAAUUGGCAAUGAUUGAUGUUAUUGGUGAUGCAGUUUUCAAAUGCGAGGAUGCAACAAGGCAAAUCACUGUUGAGAAAGUUGACGAAAUUGUUCAAUUUGGCAAAGAUACAUUAAAUGAAGAGUUUCUCGGCGACAAAAAGUUUAACCCUGAACUAAUGUUCACACGAUACAAAGAUGAUAUUGGCAAGAAUAUUGAAGAUAGUAUUGAAAUUUCUGAUUUUUUUGAUCCUACACUAGAGUCCUUUUUAGUGUUUGUUGGUGUACCUGAAAGAUACUUAAAUGCAACAACACGUCAAAUUUCCCUUUUUAACCCUGUUUCGAUCAUUACUUCAAUUCCAACAAACGCAUUAUCGUUGAAAAACCUGAUUCCUACACAAUUAACACUACAUACCAUCUACUCGUCGGGUAAACUAUUAACCACGGGCGCCUUGAUCAAUAAGUUAUAUCACGCUAGUCGUUAUAUUACUCCGGCAAUGGUGAGAAAAGUAGCUGUGCCUAUUUUGAUUACAGUUUCUGGAAUCGCGCUAUAUUACCUCAUAAGUGAUAUCCCCAAUGCAUUACCACGACAGCAAGCCAAGAAGAUCAAGCAACAAAUACAAUCAAUAAACUACGUACAUAACAAUUCAACUCGUCUUGCAAGUGAGUGUCGACAAGUUUUGAAUUUCCCAUCUAGACAAGUGAUGAAUAAUUUCCAAACGAGUAUUGAUAAGCGAGUUGUACAAAAGGAGAAAUUAGAGGUUUGUAUCAAAGAUGCCGAAAUCAGUAGUGGCUUUUUCAAUCAUUUGCUAAUGAAAAUUAAUCAUCAACAACGAGCCUUGAAAGAAAUUGAUUUGGAAAGCGUCAACCUUGUCGAUUAG